AUGACACACGAAGUGAACUUCGAAUCCUCCCCUCGAUCUCCUCUAGAAAAGCUCUCGGCCACACCACCAGAAGAUCCAAAAACAGUUGGCGUCGCAGUCUCCAGUCUCAGCAAAGAAGCUAAGCAGCAAUACUUGAUAAAUGAAAUCAAGAAACUCGUCGGAGACUGCGAAGAUUUCAUCGGCCUGGUGCCUGGCCCACAUGGGGUCCCUGAGGUUAUAGUUUCCCCCAACCUCAGAAAGGACAGAUGGGCGAUCAUUGGGGAGGCUCAUCUGACCUUUGGUCAAUACAUGUCGAUGCGCGGCCCCAGCGUUCCCGGUAUUGAAAGGCCUUCGAAGCCAGAGCCCCCGACAGGUGCUGGAACACCGGGCGGCGCAAUCACUUGGCCCGCACAGCGUCCGCUGAAGCGACACAGAUCAAAAACCAACAUCUGCUCAAGAAACUCAUCACGAUCGAAGCCUCAGCAGAUUGGUGGGGGCGCGAGACUCUGGGAAGCUCCUGCAUCUCAAAUCCGCGUGGACGACCACGAGAAGUUAGCCCAGUGGUAUGGAAAGGCCUUCUUGACACUGCAACAGGUGGCUUGUCGGCUGGUAGCCAAGGUCUGGAUCAAGAGGAUCCAUCCCAAGAAGCAAUCGACACAUCCAUACAAUGGCCAAAUGCCCCGUGGCGAACCCCCUGAUCCGGAUCGGACUAGGCCACCCUAUUGGCCGGCUGACGUCAUCCAUCGAGAGCCCGACCAUAUCGGUCGCAAUGAGAGAACCCGGUUGCUUGUCCAUUUGAUCGCGCACACCCCACAGCGAGUCAUCACCAACCCUCCGUCUGAAGGAGCGAAGCAGCAGUUUGUAAGGGCUCGAGACCUGCUAGAGUCCCUUCAGACAAAGCGAAACGAGUUGCGAGAAGACCGGUGGGAUAUCAUUCAACAGAUUGUGAAUGCGCGAGAGAAACAAGAGCAGUACGAGGCCAACGAGAUAGAUGGUGACACCCUCGUCUUUGUUUGCGAUUACAGUGAUGCCACCAGUUCAAAAUUGUCCGCGAUCGACUCUGAUGAUGACGGGCUUCGAUGGAUCGGCUCUGUCCCUGUGGCAUCCAGUGAAGGCUCCCUCGAGGGAGGCGAAGAGCAUGCACCAACGCCGGGGUCCUCUGCGCAACUAUCUCCCAGUGAUCAGCCCACCUCAGACGGGCGGCUCAUGGCCAACAAAUCCCGAGGCUCGACGUCCAAGGACGCCGGCAAUCGCCGUAAUGCACCACGUCGACCUCGACCAAGCUUCAAUGGGAAUCGAGUGGUAUCAGUGAUUGCGCCGCGGACAGGACCGGACUUUUCUCCUGGGAUGAAAAUGGGUAUGGAGAAUUUGAUGACACAUACCGAAGGUGUCAUGCUGCCCCUGGCUGGAAUCCACCCGGUACAUCCCAAUGUGUUUGGGCGCAAUCUCGACAACCAUCCUGGGCCCAACUCCAUGAUGCAUCCUGCGGCGCAUAGCGGUCAUCUCACUGGAAACCUUCACACUCCAGCCUGGACGGGGAUGAUGCCAGACAUGGUGCCAGACCCACCUCCCGACAUGUUCGCUAUUCACUCUAAUAUGGUGCCACAAUCGGUUGGCUUGAGAAACGGAUAUUUUACGCAAGAGACGCUCGAUAUGGCCAACACUAUCCAGAAUGGACUGGCGCCGACCGUGGUGAAUCCCAUGCUAUACCACGAGUUUGGGGACCCCCACCGACGUGCUCUGCCACUGCGAGCGGCAGAAACACAGCAAUCUGCCAUGAUCCCAACGCCAGACAUCAGCAUGGAGAUGAUGACGGACCGUUGCUACAAGGCUAAUCAUUGGUAA